AUGGGAAGAACGCAGCCAUUUAUCCAUCUGAAGCCUGCUAAUCUGGGGGCGUCCUUCGGCUCGAGGAGAUGGAGAUUUCCAACUGCUAGUGGGAUUAGCGGGAGUAACAGGACUAGCCGUAUUGAUGGUGCACGGCAAAACCAGGCUAGCGGCCAGUCGGAGAGUUCUUUGAUGUUACGAGUUCAUUUAAAAAAAUUUCCUAGUGUUAUCGGGCACAGUUCCAGCAGGGUCAACCGCAUGUACAACGAAGAUAGCUAUUCUAUCAAUAUGCUCAAGUUACCAUCUCUAGGGCAAGAAAUGGAGUUCUAUCGUAACGGGGGGAUUCCUGAGCAAGAAAACAACAGCAAGAAGUCGGUACUUAACUUAUCCAUUUUUGAUGGUCACGGUGGGAAGGGGAGAGUCUCGAAGUUGCUGGCAGAAUACUUACAUAAUGCAAUCGUAGAUUCCUUCCCGACACAAGCACAGUUUUACGAUCUUCUAUUGCAAUAUAAGAAUCUCAUAGGUGGCAGAUACUGGGAGAGAAUGUUCCAGAAUAGGGAUUCAUUUUAUGAUAGGUUUAUCAGACAUUGUAAUACAAAGCAAGAACAAGUUCUAUAUGGAUUGGAUAAAUCUGGGUCAAGAAUGAUUUUUGAUAAAUGGGGGAAUAUAAUAGAUAAAACAAGUCUGUUGAAUGAAAAUGAGAGACUGAGAUUGUAUUAUGCUUUCUUAAAGUUCGAUCUAGAUUAUUGCUGUGGGUUCAACGACAAGGAGAUUAGUCCGGAACAGAGACUUGAGAAAUUCCCUGGUGGUUCAACAGCUUCAUCGAUAUUCAUUUCCUCAUACGACGAAACUCUGUCAUUCGACGAAUCUUUUUUCGUCGAACCCAACGGAUUGCUAAAGCUUGUUGUUACCCAAGUAGGUGAUACAAAAAUCAUUUUAUGUGAUCAAAAUGGUAUUGCUCACAGUUUGACCAAAAUGCACCAUGCAAACUCUUCGAGAGAAACCAAAAGAUUGAAGGCCUCUUCCGGGUUCCAAACGGAUUCUUUCGGUGACACCAGAUUCUUGAAUAACUUUACAAAUACCAGAUCUUUUGGUGACUUAACAGGUAAACGUGAGGGUCUUUCUUGCGAGCCAGACAUCUAUUCAUACUUGAUUGGAGAUACUAUGGAAUUACCGCAUUCUGAACGCUCCAAAUUGCAGUUUGGCGGCGAGGAAUGUUUCAUAUGUUUAAUAACCGACGGUAUCUCUGAUUUGGCGUCGGAUCAGGAGUUGACGGAUCUCAUAACUUCAACCGUCAACAUGCGUGGUUUGAAGACAGCUUCCCCGCAGUUUGUUGCUGACGAAGUUAUAAAAUAUAUCAUGGCUCUUGGAGGGAAACAUGCAGACAAUGCCACUUGUCUAAUACUUAGACUAUCUAAUUGGGGAAAUUGGCCAAACAUAGAUCGUACUGGUGCGAUAAGAGAAGAGAAGUUACUAGCAGCUUCUCAGCUCGACAGAACGGAGGAUUAA